AUGGCCCCACAGGUUGCGAAUCUGCAGAGUCACCAAGGGCUGGCAGUGUGCUCUGGCACAGGUGAAGAGUCCUCUCUGGCAAAUUUCUUUUGUUCUCAAGGAGUCGACAGUGGUUUCCGAGUACCUAGUGCUCUUGUUGCUGCUGCUGUUGAUUCUCUUGAACCAGAAAUUGUGGACCAGCGGAACAGCUUGACGGCGCCAUCCUUUGCCUUUGCCAAACCUGGUUUGGUCUUGUUGGCAGCCUUGGCGUUUGCUGUUUUCUGGAUAUAUCGAAGGUUUGGACUGACAGUUCAUGAAUUGGAGGAAUGUCUGAAAAGUGAAAGAACGAAUGAUUUGAGCGAUAGUGAGGAUGAACUGGAAAUUGAUAUAAGCGAAAGCGAGAAUGACCUGGAAAGUGAUAUGGGCGAUAGUGAGAAUGAAAUGGAAACUGACAUGAGCGAUAGUGAAGAUGAAAAUGAUACCUAUAUGAGCGAAAGUGUGAAUGAACUUGAAACUGAUGUAAGUGAAGUAUCUAGACUGGAUGAUAGCCGAGAUAUAGAAGACCUGGAAGAUACUAAGGAGGAACAAGAAAGAGAUAUGCUCGAAGUAUCUAGACUGAAAGACAGUCUAGAUAUGGAAGAUCUGGAAAUGCCUAGCCUGGAAGAGAGUCCUCCCGACAUGGAAGAACCAGAUAUCCCUGAGGAGGAAGGAGAGCCGAAAGAAAUCCAUUUGCCAAGACUACAUCAAAAAGAACCAGAUGUGGAAAAACAGACCUUAGCAGAAGCUCUGGAAAGGAGUCAAGUUUACGGAAAUAAAAUGGAACAUCUCUGGAAGGAAGCACAGGAGGAGAUUGUGCGGCUUCAGAACCAACUUGUGGACAAAGACAAGUUGCUGGAAACGACCGCACAGGAGGGAGCAGGACUGAAGAGAGAAAUCGAGAACGUCUACCUUGAAAAGGAACAUGUUCUGACUGAAAAACGGCACCUAGAAGGAGAUUUGGAACUGGCUCUAGACCGAGGAGACACGUUAGAGAACUUAAAUAAAGAACUGAAGGAGUCUCUAGAGAGCCAGUUAGAGGCAAAUGACGUCUUGCUAAAGAAAAGGGACGAAGACGAAAGAGAAAAGCAAAAUCUCUUCCAACAGGCUUUGGUCGAAAAGGAAGGAGAACUGGAGAGCGCCAUAAAGAAAAAAACUGAGUUGGGCCUCAAACUGAAACAAAUAGAAACUUCAAAUCAAAAGCUUGUUUCAGAGAAAGAAUACUUCGAGCGGCUGAUAGAAGGCUACAAGGAUGCCGUAGCCCAGAAGAAGAAGGAAGUUGACCAAAUACAAGAAGUACUCGGACAUAAAGCGAUAGAGGCUGAGAAGGACCGAGAAACACUUGAGGUCAUUAAAUCAGAAAACGCGAGACUCAGGGAGUUAGCAACUGACCUUCAAGACAGAAAUUGUGAACUAGAGAAGAAACGGGCAGAAGAGACCCAGAAAAACUUGAUAUUAACGGACAAAGUUCAGUCGCUAGAACUACUUUUGGGCCAAAAAGAAUCUCAGCUGGUUUCGGCAGCAGAAAUUCUAACAGCAGAAAGAGCGAAAACUGAGGUUAUGGCCGCUGAACUCAAAAAGAUGAAGAACUGGGUCUCAGAACUAGGAGGAGAGAAAGCAAAGUAUAAAGAACAGUUAGAGGAAAAAGAAGAUGAAUUGGCUUCAGUUAAGAAAGAGUUAGACAAUGGAAAGAUAACCACCCAAACUCUGGCUGAAGAAGCCCAGGUUAUGAAGAACUGGGUUGCCGAGUUAGGAGGAGAGAACGUCAGGCUUCAGGAAAAGGUAGACGAAAACCAACUGCAAAUAAAUUCUCUUAAGAAAUCUUUAAUGAGGGAGAAACAGAGGAACCGAGUUCUACAGGAUGCUCUCCAUCAUGAGAAGGAGAUGGAAAACUUGUUGAAGGAAGAAAAGAGGAGGGGAAAUGAGAUGGAAACUUCCCUGAGAACCUUACAAGAACUGGAAAGCUUGCUGGAAGAGGCAGAAGAGAAGGCGAGAAAACUUGCAAAAGAUUUCGAGGAAGAGGUCCAGAAAAGGGAGGCACAAAAACUAGAUUUCUUGGGCAAAGAACAACAACUCAAAGGAAAAAUGCUAACGUUGGAAAGCAGAUUGAAAAAUGCUGAAAAUCUUCUGAUGAAAGAGGAGAGGGAAAAUUUACACUGGCAGCAAAGGUUACAGGAAAAGGACAAAGAAGUAGAGACGCUGAGGAAAGAUGAGGAGGACCAUCGAGAACAAAUGAAGGAGAUGGAGGACAAACUGCAAAAUCUCUCCAAGGAGAGAAACAGUCUGAUCGAAGCAGUCGAAAAACAGUCGAGGGAAUGCCACCUUUUCAUUGCAGAGAAGGAGAGAGAGAAGAGUGAAAUUAGACUGUAUUAUCAGGAGAGAUUGGAUCAGAAGGACAGCGAAAUGAAGAAGCUGCAGGAAGAAAUGGAAGAAUGUGAUAAAUUGAAAGAAAAUUGGAGGAUACAGGAAGAAAAUAUGAUCAGGGAACACCAACGUCUCAUGGAGCGUCAAAGAAGACAGGAAGAGGCUCUGAGGGAUCAGGAUAAAUACAUGUUAAUGACGCUUCUCCAUGGCACAGCUCAGAGGAACUUCCAUCUGCAACACAUUGCACUGCAGCAUGGAAUUGAACAGGAGCGGCAAGAUGGAGGGCAAGAAGAAGACCUGUGGAUGAGAAGGGAGAAACAAUACAGGAAAUACUGCGAUGCCCAGAGUGACAGGAGCAACUACGGGAAGCAGUGGGAGGUCCUAACUCAGACGUUGACGGACCUCAUUCAUGAAGAAGAAAGAAUCCCGCAAACAACGAACGGGGAUUCUAACGAGAACUGUGAAAUUUCCGAUGGAAACUCAGAUGACAAAAUAUGUCAUCAAAUCAACGACAAGAUAGAGCCCCAAAGAGCCGAUACUGAUGAAGAAAAUGUGGGUUGA